UUCCCUCGCAACGUUUCCGACGGGACUGAAUUGUCGCUCCCUAGCUUGGAGAAAUUGCGAAGAUGACCGGGACGUGCUUUGUCACCGAUCUGACCAUGCUGAAGCAUUGGAACGUCAUACAAGGUUGGAACCCCGAAAAGCCCCAAAGGCUCGAGGUCACCCACCGUCUUUUGACGUCCAGAGGCCUCGUGUAUCGAGCCCUUGUUCUAAAGCCGCGCUUCGCAACGGACGAUGAAAUCGCUUUGGUUCACACAGAUGAACACAUCGCCAGAAUUCGAGCAACGGAUGGGUUGCCGCUAGAAGAAGUCACCGUGGCCAACUAUCGCAUAAGCAAGAUAAGCCUCAUUGGACCGGACACCAACAAAUGUGCACGAUUAUCCACGGGAUGCCUUCUCCAGGUCGUCGACGCCGUCCUCACGGGAAAAUCCAGGAACGGCGUUGCCCUCAUCAGACCCCCGGGUCAUCACUCGUCGCCGAACGAGGCUACCGGAUUCUGCAUGUUCAACAACGUCGCUGUAGCGGCCAAAUACGCCAUUCGGGAACACGGUCUCAAGAGGAUUCUGAUUUUCGACUGGGACAUUCAUCACGGCAACGGAACCCAAACCGUUUUCUACAAGGAUGCCUCAGUUUUGUACGUUUCUCUGCACCGCUACUCCCUGAAGAUAUUCCCGCGUACAGAAAUCGCAGACGCUACAUUCAUUGGCGAUGGCGACGGAAAAGGUUACAACAUAAACAUACCAUGGACAAAGCCAGCCAUGACCGAUGCCGACUACCUGACAGCGAUGCACCAACUCAUCUUACCCGUCGCCUAUGAGUUCAAUCCAGAACUGGUGAUUAUAUCUGCUGGCUUUGACUCCGCUAAGGGAGACCUGCUGGGAGAUUGUUGCGUGACCCCUGCAGGAUAUCAACACAUCACGUCGCUACUGCGAAACUUGGCCGGCGGGAAGCUGAUUCUUCAACUGGAGGGAGGUUACAACGUGGACGUGGUGGCCGAAUGCAUGGCCGCGUGCAUGGCUACGCUGCUGGGAGACCCAGUCAUGGCCGUGACAGACUCGAGACCAUCCACAAGUGCCCUGGCAUCUAUUGAACGAGCCAGGACUGCCGUGAAGCCGUACUGGAAAUGCCUCACCCCUGAAGAUACGCCAAUCGUCGUGGAGCCCGAAAAGCCGAUCGAAUCGCUCCCAAUGCCCAUAAUCAACUGCUGCCACGAGGACGUUAUUCGAGACCUCCCCAAGGACUUCGCACCUGAGCUGCGCAAACAGACCCAGUGGAUCUGCCUCACAUGCUACCAGGUUUUCUCGGGCGACUUUGAUUCCGUCGCCGAGCACGCCGACGGUACCCAGCACUUUCUGGCAGCGAACACCCAAAGCCUCAGAGUUUGGUGCAGUGCAGACAACCGCUAUGCUCUGGUUGAGAGGGCGAUUCCUGCGUUGGCAUGGCUUGCAAAGAACCACCAAGGCUUUCCACAAAACGUGCACCCCAACACGCAGCUGUGAGGCCACGCCGCUGUCGGUACAGCACAUGUGCAGACUCUUCACUUUGCUUCAACCUGGUUUUUGCGCAUGCGCAGUGGCCACACCAGCUGUGGGCAAACGUGAACUUCUUAGUAAACAGCGCGCUUCAGAUGAAAAUUACUAUUGCUGGAGCUUGAAGGAAAUGAUAAAUACUAAUAUAUUUGACUGGAAAUGUAAGAAUGGAAAUGGAAAUCAAUAAAAGACAGAAAAAAAAAAAAAAUCUCUGGUGUUGUGAUUUAGAAUAAAAA